GAGAUGGCAAAGACUGAGGAGACAGAAUGAUAUAAAUUUCAGACCCACAAAAAAAGAAUCUAUUAUUUCAAUCAAGAAAGCAUGCGUCUUCUGAUUUUUGUUCUAAGUUAUCUAAAGUUCAAAACAGUCCUCUGAUAUAUCCCAUGUGGUGUUUUUAGUAGUAGUAAUAAUACCCAGAUUUUUAAAUCUUAAAGGAAACUUUAUUUAGCCUCAUCAUCAUUCCACUCUGUUUUCUACCUUUUGUUAAAGAGGUUCCCUUGAUGCGUGAUAUCGAAGCACCCUUCAAUCAUAUGCGAAAGCUCAUAAAUUAGAGAGAGAUAGAGAGAGACUGAGCGUCUGAUAUUUAUCAGGUUUUCUUUGGUGAGUUUCUGUCUUUAUGCUUCCAUUGUGGUCUCGUGGAGCCUUCUUGUUGAUUUUCCCUUCUCAGAUUAUUUUCUGUGAGCUGUUUUUACACUAUAUGUAAACUACAGUUUUGAGAAAUUUGUGGUUUGUUUCAUUCUUCACAAUAGGGGAUAGAGAUCACAGUUUUUGUAGUUGUUUAAAGAGUGCAGGUUAAAAAAAAUUUAGAAAUCUGUGGGCCCUUUUGCUUGUUUCUUGGCUAUUGUUAUUGGAAAUGGAGAUUUUCUUGUGGGAAGCAAUAAAGUUUGGAUUUUUAAUUUAGGGCUCUUCAUUUGUUGCUGGAAUAGUAAAAGAGAUCUGUUAGCUUGAUGGUGAAGCAUCUCCAUCAAUUUAAAUUCGAUGUUUAAGAUUGAUUUUGCUGAGAAAUUGGUGGUUAAAUCUUGUUUAGUAUGGCUGAAGUUAGGCUUCCUAGGUUAGAGCAGGGCCAAGCCAAAAUCAGGAGUGUUCCAAUUGCUGUAACCCCAGAAGGAUUUUGGUGUUGCCCCUCACCAACUGUGUUUCAGAAGACAGUAAGGACACAAAAUCCUUUAAACAAGCCCAAACCAUCUCUUCCCAGCCAAACAGCUUCGUCUCAGAAGAACCAAACCUCGGUGAAUGAGAGGAAGGCGAGUUGUGUGGCAUCUAAGACCAAUGUUGUUAGUGAUGUGCAAAAAACUCAGGGUUCUGAUGCACCUGCUGCAAAUGCUUCACUAGCAAAUGAGAAGGUACCUCAUUCUAGGCCUGAAAAUGUCCCGAGGAAAGUGGCAAUCGAGUUUGGUGAGCCAGGAACGAGUGAUCUCAAAGUGAUUUUGCUGGGGAGGCAGGGAGUAGUUGUGAAGUUGAGUGUGCACAGGAGUGUACUAACGGAUCAUAGCACUUUCUUUGCUAGCAGAAUAUUGGGACAGCAGCUUGUUUUCCCUUGUCUUGAGAUUGAUAACUGUGAGGAUGCUGAGAUAUAUGUCGAAACUAUUGGGCUCAUGUACUGCAGAGACCUCAAGCAACGCUUAAUCAAGCAGAGUGUUUCACGUGUUUUACGCAUUCUCAAGGUCAGCGAACAGCUUGGUUACACAACGUGCAUCCAUUUUUGUUUGGAGUACUUGGAAGCUGUCCCUUGGGUGGGACAAGAGGAGGAAGAGAAAGUGGUUUCGUUAGUCUCGCGUCUUGAAGGUGAGGGCAUUGGGGUGAAGCCAGUACUGAAACGUGUGUCUCCCGAAACACCAACACCACCUAACGACACCUUCUCUCACAUAUUGGAGUUGGUGCUAACAAGCAGAGAAGAAAAGGGUAGGUGGGAAAUGAAGUCUGUUGUGCUGAAGCUCCUUAAGGAAAACAACAGUCUUGGGAGCUCCUCUUCAGAACCGUCUGACUUGUGCAACGAGACUCUUUAUAGCUCGUGCAGAAGCUCCCUGGAUUCCCUACUGGCUCUAUUCAAACAAGCUGCAGAGCCUGGUUUUAUUGACAGGGCUGUGGACAAGCGGGAGCCAGUAGUGAGGUCGAUCUAUCUGGAGUCCGACAACAUGUUGUGGCUGCUCGAUAUCUUAGCUGACAGACAAGCAGCAGACGAGUUCGCCAUAAUGUGGGUGAAUCAGCAAGAAUUGGCCACACUUCACGCUAGCCUUCCAUUGGUAUGUCGCCACUACGUUAGCAUGAUCAGCUCAAGGCUCUUUGUCGGGAUAGGGAGAGGGGAGGUCCUCCCAUCCAAGGAUACGCGCCAUCUUCUGCUGAAAACGUGGUUGCAGCCUUUGAUCAACGACUACAGCAGGUUGCAACAUGGGUGCAGGUCAUUCGACAGGAAAGCUGUGGAGGAAGGAAUAGGCAGGACAAUCCUCACGCUCCCGUUGGAGGAUCAGCAGAGCAUCUUGCUUUCGUGGCUCAGAAGUUUUCUCAAGGGUGGCGAUAGCUGUCCGAAUCUUCAACAGGCAUUUGAGGUGUGGUGGAGGCGGGCGUUCAGAAGACCAUAUGGAGAAUCUGGGAUUAUCGGGCACACGGAGAAUCAGACAUUGUAGGAGAAGGAGAAGUUACAUAUACGUUGCUGUGUUGAUGGUGAGAUUGAGUGAGGUUUUAAGAAACAAGCUAGGCUGUAUGGCAGAGUUUCCAUCAAUGUAAUUAAUGUAUGCUUCAUUUGUGUGGAAGGUGAAGAAGCCCAAGAUCCAGUGGUUGUAACAUCUGCGCAACAAAUAUAAAGGAAUAUGAACUAUCUAUACUGGGCUU